CUUCUGCCUUAACAGAGUUUAGGAGUGGAGACUGUACAACCUCCAUCCCCCAGAGUGUCCAACAAUGAAUUUAGCUUUACAGUUGGUUUUAAAGAUUUAAAUGAAUCCCUAAGUGCCCUAGAGGACAAAGACCUGGAUGCUUUGAUGGCUGAUCUUGUAGCAGACAUAAAUGAUGUUGAACAGAGAACUUUACAAGCCCAGAACACUUCUUCUGGCAACCAACAAAGUAUGGUCACUCAGCCUUCAAAAGGCUUGGAUAGUGACAUUUGUUCUAAAUCAAGUCCCUACGUUACCAUUACUGGAUGGUUUGGGGAUGACUUGCCCCCUCCACCUCCAGACCCUGAUUUAGACCUUCCACCACCACCACCACCUCCUCCUGAGCCACUCACCCAGGAAGAACGAGAGGCACGGGCUAAAGCUGACAAGAUUAAACUUGCAUUGGAGAAACUGAAGGAAGCCAAAAUUAAAAAGCUUGUUGUCAAGGUGCACAUGUACGAUAACAGCACAAAGUCAAUAAUGGUGGAUGAGCGUCAGGUGACACGGGAUAUUUUAGACAAUCUCUUUGAGAAGACCCAUUGCGACUGCAACGUUGACUGGUGUCUGUAUGAAAUGUACCCAGAGCUGCAAAUUGAAAGGUUUUUUGAAGACCAUGAAAAUGUUGUUGAAGUGUUGUCAAGCUGGACCCGAGACACUGAGAAUAAAAUUCUGUUUUUGGAAAAAAGUGAAAAAUAUGCUUUAUUUAAAAAUCCCCAGAAUUUCUACCUGGCAAACAAAGGGAAGAAUGAAAGCAAAGAAAUGAAUGACAAAAACAAAGAAGCUCUACUGGAGGAAAGCUUCUGUGGGGCAUCUGUCAUUGUGCCAGAGCUUGAAGGGGCCCUUUAUUUAAAAGAAGAUGGAAAAAAGUCCUGGAAGAGGCGUUAUUUUCUUCUACGAGCUUCUGGAAUUUAUUAUGUUCCCAGAGGAAAAACCAAGACAUCACGGGAUCUGGCAUGCUUCAUUCAGUUUGAGAAUGUGAACAUUUAUUACGGUUCUCAACACAAAGUGAAAUAUAAGGCACCGACAGAUUACUGCUUUGUCUUAAAGCACCCCCAGAUUCAAAAGGAGUCACAGUAUAUCAAGUACUUAUGCUGUGACGAUCAAGCAACCCUGCAUCAGUGGGUAACAGGAAUAAGAAUUGCCAAGUAUGGCAAGAGGCUGUAUGAUAAUUACAAAUGCGCAGUGAAGAAAGCUGGCUUGUCCUCUUGGUGGGCAAAUCGAGGGACGGUGGAACCAACUGCCCCCGCAGGAUCCUUAUCAGCAGGUGCUGUUCAGUCAAAUGGACAGGUUCCCCAAAUUGUUCGUCGUUCCAGUGCAGAAUUUCCAGAGACUCAGAAGAAAACGGAUACAUCAGAGGCUAAGUCAAAUAACAUCAGUGUGCCUGGCCUGGCACAGUCAGUGAUGAGGUCACAGAAAUGCCAGAGUAGGAGGAACUCACUGCAGCCUCCUCCUCCACCUGAACGGCGGUCAUCUGCCAUUUCUGUUUCACCAAUUCUACCCUCCAAAGUCAAACGAGACAGCGGCGUUUUCCUAACAGAUCCCGACAGCUUUCCAGCGCCACCACCUGCACUGAAGAUUGAUUUUCCACCCCCACCAUCCGAUUUCUGCGAACCUCCUCCUGAUUUUGUGCCUCCACCACCACCAGCCUCCAGCAGCAGUAAUGGAGACCUGCCAUUACCCCCUCCACCUCCACCUCCACCAGCCUCCAGCAGCAGUAAUGGAGACCUGCCAUUACCCCCUCCACCUCCACCUGUCUCCAGUAAGCCACCACCUCCAACAAAGAAACCUGUGCCACUUCCUUCAAAAAGGCUAGAAAAUGCAGGACAAGCUGGAGAGCCACAGUCAGCUGUGCCAGCUCCAAUUGGAGGCGGAGGUGGGCAAGUAGAUUUCAUGUCUGACCUAAUGAAAGCUCUUGAGAAGAAAAGGGGCAACAGCUCCUGA